AUGUUGGAUCCGUUCAGGAAUCGAAGCAAAAUCGAUGAGAGACGCUUAGCUCCAGUGAAACGUGGUAUGAAAACGGGCAAAGCGGGGAGCAAGAAGCCCAGCAUAUUGGAUAUAUUUGUUUUAGGCGCAUUAUGCGGCUCAUGUGGACGGGCUGUUUGUAUUGAUGAGUUUUGUAGUGUCUUCUAUUCAAAAACUUUUUGUACAACAUGUAUUAUCAAGGAAAAGGCCCACUUCCCAAAGGAGAUCGUUCAGGUGCAGUUCCUUGUACUGUAUACAGUGUUAUCGAAUGUUAAUUAG